AACCUCACUUUGGUCUCAUCGGUCUCAUCUUAUUUACUUUUGGCAUGUUUAUUUCUAAUUUCCAUUUUAAGUCAAUAAUAAUCUAAUCUUAAAAUGUACUUAAAUCAUACUACUGAUAAUUGAAAUGCAAUGUUUGCCCGGUUUUUCGGCUUCUUCGUCAGAACACACAGUCGGGUUGAGAUGGCAAAAAUUAAGACUUUUGCUUUUAUCGACCUGGAAACAACCGGUUUGCCCUCAAUGGAGCUCAACAGAACGAAAAUCACCGAGCUGACGAUACUGGCGAUCCAAGCUGACCACUUGGAACUGGGGUGUUUGCCCCGAGUCCAGAACAAGUUGACUUUGUGCUUCAAUCCCAGAAAACUAGUCAGUUAUGAUAGUGAAAGAAUUACCGGGCUUUCAAACGAAGCCCUGGAGUACUUGAGCCCUUUCAGUGAGGGUACCGUGACGGCCCUCAAUGAGUUCCUCAAGCACAACCCGACGCCGAUUUGCCUGGUGGCACACAACGGCAAUAAGUUUGACUACCCCAUUUUGAGGACGGAGAUUGACAAGAAAGGACAGAAGUUGCUUGAUGGUGUUGUAUGCGUGGAUUCGUUGGAGGCCUUUCGGCAGCUGGACGUCGCAUCACCUGAGCCAACAGCGCAGCCCGAGCCUGCAGCUGUUCCCUUAGAGUUUCGAGACGACUUUGACGCCCUGUUGUGCAAAGCGGCGGAUGAGUGUGACGCCCGACCUCGGGCGGGGUUGAAACGGGCACUGGAGCUACAGAAAGUCAAUGAAACCACGCCGCAUCGGUCUGAUGAAAGAUUGGGAUCGGGGGACUUACUUGACGAAAAGGCGAAGGAGUCGUUCAGUGAACGUGUCACAUCCAAAAGACCGAAGCUGGUCAAUUCCCGCAAGAAACUAGACUUUGGAGUGAGCUACAAGCUAGAAGACGUGUACCAGAGGCUGACCAAUAAAGUAGCUGAAAAUGCCCAUCAGGCGGAAAAAGACGUGAUUAUGCUGGCGCUAAGUGCGGCAAGUCUGGGCGAGCGGUUUGUGAACUGGGCUAAUGAACAUUCGCGAAUGUUCGUGGACAUUCCCAUGAUGGUGCCAGGAAAGAGAAUUGGAACGUAAUACGGGUAGGCCGAAAAAUGAGUGUUUUGUGACUUUUUUUUGAAUAUACACGGUUUUAUCUAUUGCAA